AGAUGGUACAGUUGAGUAACACGAGCGAAAAGGAAGCGCAACCACAAUCGUGGAGUGAAGUCGUCGACAACGGCAGCAGCUACGACUCCUAGGAUAGAGGAUCAGGGCCAUCCUUCAAUAGAUAGAUGUGGUGGAAAUCGAACGACGCUUUGCAACGACUAGACAAGACCGUCAUGCCCGCUCCUGCUGCGCCCGCCCGUCCGGUGGCAGGCAACACUCCUCCCACUAGGAACCAAGAGGAAUCGACACUCAAUAGAAUAUGGGCUAUUGCACAGCAAUUUAUUGUAAUGUAUUUGAAAAUGCAACUUGCGAAUAAGUUCUUCACGGCCAAGGAGCAACCUGCCGCGCCGCCUGUACCCUUGGCGAUGGUAACAGACGGCGUAUCGCAAGGACAGUCACCCAGCCAGAUUCCGCUGCUCCCUACAAGCGCACAGCCUGCAUGGCCGCUUGGAAUACCUCUCGCGAUGUACGGAUACCUAUCGACUUCGCCUACGGGCGAGGUCUUCUCAAAUCAGUGGACCUCCGAAUGGCAAUUCUGGGCUAUCGCACUGUGUCUGGGAGAAUAUCACGUAUGGAGACUGGAAGGAAAAGCGCACGGUGGAUUUCAUGGUGGAUUUGCCUGAGAGCGUGCAACACAACGCCUCGUUGUGUGCAGAUAUAUUCCUGGUGAGGGACGGUGCGAGUCCGGAUCCCUCAA